AUGUACUUGUUUCUAUUAUUUCUGUACUUGCUCCUAAUCUCUAUGUAUUUUUUUCUUGAACCUUCUGUAUCUAGCAUCUCAUCCAUCGUCACAACCGGCAACAUUAUGUUCUACUUCAAGUUCCCGUCCGUCCGUCUGUGUAUUUCUGUGCCGCGCCGGGAAUGUGAACCACUCGAAAAUCUACAUGCAUCAGCGAACUCGACUAACAGCAGCAACCGGAGCCUCGGAGUCCGCGUAGCACACCGUGAAGCAAACGAAAGGAGGACGAUCCUUUACAUUUCUCAUUCUCGCCUGUCUGAGAAGUUCCUCGUUCGUUUUCCAUCCACCCAUGCCUCCCAUCCCGUCCAUUCCAGUCCAGUCCAAGGCAACAGCCAAGUCCAAGUAAUGGCUAAGGUCAAGUUUAAGUCCAACGUAUCAAAGGCAAACUUCAACGCCAAAUCCGAGUCCAAGACCAGACCAAGUCUAAGGCCAAGUCCAAAUUCCAAGCCCAAUCCAACGACAAAUUCAAGUCCAAGGCUAAAUCCAAGCCCGAAUCCAAAUCCAGUCCAAGGCCAAGGCAAAGCCAAGUCCAAGGCCAAAUCCAUGGACAAGUCCAAGUUCAAGUUUAAGCCCAAGUUCGAAGCCAAGAUCUACUUCAAGAUCAAAUCCAAGGACAAGUUCAAGUCAAAGUCCGAGUCCGCGUCCAGUCCAAGACCAAGUCCAGUCCAAGUCCAAGUUCGAAUCCAAGUCCGAGCCACAAAACUGAGUCCCAGUCCAAAGUCCAAGCCCCAGUCCCAGUCCAAGUCCCGGUCCAAGUCCCAGUCCAAGUCACAGUUCAAGUCCCAGUCCAAGUCGCAGUCCAAGUCACAGUCUAAGUCCCAGUCCAAGUCGCAGUUCAAGUCCCAGUCCAAGUCCCAGUCUAAGUCCCAGUCCAAGUCCAGCCCAAGUACGAGUUCAAAUCCGAGUUCAAGUCCGAGCCCAAUUCUAGACCCAAGUCCGAGUCUAAGUUCGAGUUUCAAGUCCCAGUCCAAGUCCAAAUCAAACACCAAGUCCAGUCCGAGUCAAAAUCCGAGUCCAAGUCCCAGUCCAAGUCCCAGUCCAAGUCCCAGUCCAAGUCCCAGUCCAAGUCCCCAGUCCAAGUCCCAGUCCCAGUCCAAGUCCAGCCCAAGUACGAGUUCAAAUCCGAGCCCAAUUCUAGACCCAAGUCCAAGUCUAAGUUCGAGUCAAAGUUCGAGUUGCUUGUCCAAGUCCAAAUCCAAUUCCGAGCUCGAGUUCAAAUUCGAGUCCAAGUCCCAGUCCAAGUCCAAGUCCCAGUCCAAGUCCAAGUCCCAGUCCAAGUCCCAGUCCAAGUCCCAGUCCAAGUCCCAGUCCAAGUCCCAAUCCAAGUCCCAGUCCAAGUCCCAGUCCAAGUCCAAGUCCAAGUCCCAGUCCAAGUCCCAGUCCAAGUCCCAGUCCAAGUCCCAGUCCAAGUCCCAGUCCAAGUCCCAGUCCAAGUCCCAGUCCAAGUCCCAGUCCAAGUCCCAGUCCAAGUCGCAGUCCAAGUCCCAGUCCAAGUCCCAGUCCAACUCCCAGUCCAAGUCCCAGUCCAACUCCCAGUCCAAGUCGCAGUCCAAGUCCCAGUUCAAGUCCCAGUCCGAAUCCAGCCCAAGUGCGACUUCAAAUCCGAGUUCAAGUUCGAGCCCGAUUCUAGACCCAAGUCCGAGUCUAAGUUCGAGCCAAAGUUCGAGUGUGAAUCCAAGCUCGAGUUCAAGUUCGAGUCCAAGUCCCAGUCCAAGUCCCAGUUCAAGUCGCAAUCGCAGUCCCAAUCUGUGUUCGAUUCCAUUUCCCAGUCCGAGUCUAAAUCCGAGUUCAAGUCCAAGUCUAAGUUCGAGGCCAAGUCUAUGUUCGAGUCAAAGUCCGAGUCCAAGUCCAGUUCAAAUGCAGUCAAAUGUCAAAUCCAAGGCCUAA